AUGCCUGGCUUGACACAGGUAUAUCGCUCAUCCUGUCUUCGGUCUGGAAUUAUGCCUCGCUCCGUCGAAGUCCAGCGCGAGCUACAGCUGACCAACGAGUUGGAGCUUCAAUUGCGCAACCUUACCCCUGGCAGCGGUGGCUACCUCAACGAGGCCAAUGUUAUGCUGCGAAUCUGGAAGGAGGAUUUUUACGGCGCCGACUAA